AUGACUCCGACCCCGCCCUCUUCCUCGCCAGCUCUUCCGUCACUCCCCCAAUCUCUCGAAGAUGCAAGAAUUCGAACUCUCCCAGCAUCGGCAUACUACCUCCCUAACUUCAUCACAGAAGAGGAGGAACAGUUUAUCCUCGACAAGAUCGCAAACGCGCCGAAGCCCCGAUGGAAGCAACUUACCCACCGCCGCUUGCAGACAUGGCCCUCCGACCUAGUGAAGAACGCCCUUCUCGAUGAACCCUUGCCUCAGUGGCUCGUAGAUCCCGUCGUCUCCCGACUUCUCUCGAUCGAUUACCGUACAGACGACUCUGGUACCAAAACGAACCUUUUCUCGAUCAGCCCGCACAAGAAGCCGAACCAUGUCCUAAUAAACGAAUACCCUCCUGGAGUGGGCAUCAUGCCGCAUAAGUUAACGUAUCACCCCGUCGUGUGCACCGUGAGCCUAGGCUCCAGCCUCUGCCUAAACCUCUAUCGAAGCAAGGAAGAUGGUGCUCUAGACCCAGAGCCGGUCUACAGGAUUCUCCAAGAGCCGAGGAGCAUACUUAUCACCACGGAUGACCUCUACACGGAGUAUCUACACGGCAUCGCGGAUAUUGAGGAAGACGUCAAUCUCUCCGCUGAGACCGUCGCGAACUGGGAUCAACUGGGCUCCAAGGGCCCGUUCGAAAAAGGAAGCAAUGAGAGGCAGAUGCGAAUCAGCCUGACCUAUCGUGAUGUGCUCAAGGUCAUCAAGCUGGGGAAUCGGUUUAAUCCUAUGCUCGGACGUCGAUAA